AUGAAGAAUAUCACUGAAGUGACUCUGUUCAUACUGAAAGGCUUCACAGACAACGCUCAGCUGAAGGUUUUCUUCUUUCUCCUGUUUCUGCUAAUUUACCUUUUCACCCUUGUGGGAAAUUUAGGACUGAUUGUAUUGGUCAUUGGGGAUUCUCGACUCCACAACCCUAUGUACUAUUUCCUGAGCGUCUUGUCUUCCAUAGAUGCUUUCUAUUCUUCUCUCAUCACCCCAAACAUGUUAGCAGAUCUGAUGUCAAGGAAGAAAGUCAUUCCGCUGUCUGGCUGUGCGGCGCAGUUGUUUCUUGCUGUGACGUGUGGGACCACAGAAUGCUUUCUAUUGGCUGUCAUGGCUUAUGAUCGCUACGUAGCCAUCUACAACCCCCUUCUCUACACAGUGAGCAUGUCACCCAGAGUCUAUGUGGCCCUCAUCGUGGCUUCCUUUAUCGCUGGCUUUAUCCAUGCCACAAUUCACACGGUGGCCACUUUCAGGCUGUCCUUCUGUGGCUCCAACGAAAUCAGGCACGUCUUCUGUGAUAUCCCAGCUCUCCUGGCAAUUUCUUGUUCUGACACUCAUUUAAACCAGCUGCUCCUCUUCUACUGCGCGGGGUCUAUUGAGCUGGUCACCAUCCUGAUUGUCCUGGUCUCCUACGGCUUCAUUCUGGCUGCGAUCCUGCAGAUGCGUUCUGCUGAAGGGAAGCGAAAGGUCUUCUCUACCUGCGGCUCUCACCUGACGGCAGUGUCGGUUUUCCAGGGCACAGCUGUGUUCACCUACGUCAGGCCCAGCUCUAAUUAUGCGCUGGAGCAUGACGUGAUCGUGUCGCUCUUUUACACCAUUGUGAUCUCCAUGCUGAACCCCGUGAUCUACAGCCUGAGGAACAGGGAUGUACAGGCAGCCAUGCACAAAGUGUUGGGGAAAACGCGGUUCAUCAAGAACGUGUGCUUCUCCUAUUAA